AUGGCGACACAGUUGGAAGCAGCUUGCAUCCCAGCAACCUUUAGCAACCUCACCCUCUUCGGAGCCGAGAUACUCACUCUCGAAGCGACCCUCGUCACAAACCACAGCGCCUCCGUUCCCUCAGCAGUGCGGUUCACCCAGCCAUCCAUCGAAGUACAGAAUGCUACUUUCUGCAACAUCACCGUCUCGUAUACCCACCCCGGGCAGGGCGACAACAUCAUCGUUGAAACUUGGCUCCCCGUAGACGCGUGGAACGGCCGGUUUCAGGCCGUGGGCGGCGGCGGCUGGGUCGCGGGCCGGUAUGAUCCGUCGUACAGCGCUAUGAGCGGAGCCGUAGGUGAUGGGUACGCGACGAUCACGACGGAUGCGGGGCUCGGGGGCGCUGAGGAUGCGGGUCCUUGGGCGUUGGUGAGUCCUGGGAAUGUGAAUCUGUAUAAUCUGCAGAAUCUUGCGUCAGUGUCUCUCGAAGACGAGGCCAUUCUCGGCAAGCUCCUUAUCAAGUCCUACUAUGGUCGUGGCCCAGACUUCUCCUACUGGAACGGCUGCUCGCAAGGCGGCCGGCAAGGACUCAUGCUAGCUCAGCGGUAUCCCACGGCCUACGACGGGAUCGCGGCCGUUGCUCCCGGAAUCCAGUGGACGGAUUUCUUCCCCAGCAUGUACUGGCCGCAGCAGUUUAUGAACAUGUUGGGCGAAUAUCCUCAUGCCUGCGAGCUGGAAGCCAUCACGAAUGCUGCCGUUUCGUUUUGUGACGAUCUCGAUGGGAUUGUUGAUGGUGUUAUUGGCGAGGUUGAUGCUUGCCUGGAUGGCUUUGACCCUUUUGAGCUGGUUGGUUCGACGAUUCAAUGUUCGCAAGAGAAUCGAACACUCGAGGUUAGCUCAACCGCGGCUGCCGUGGUUAACGCAACCUGGCGCGGGAUGCGGAACGCGCAGGGCGUGCAGACCUGGCCGGGCCUGAAUCCAGGUACGGACCUAACAGCCGCCGUCGCGAUCACGAACUGUACCACGGAGACCUGCGUGGGCGUACCUCUCCCGAUUGCCGUGGAGUGGCUGUCGCUGUUCGUUUCGCGGGGUCCGGAGGUGGACUUGGGCGGUUUGACGCAUGCUGAGUUUGACCGGCUGGCGCAUCAGAGUGGCCAGAAGUAUAGAUCCAUUAUCGGGACUGAUGAUCCUGACUUGUCUGCAUUUCGGAAAGCUGGUGGCAAGCUCGUCACCGCCCACGGUCUUAUCGAUCAACUUCUUCCCCCGAAGGGCACUGCUAUGUACUACAACAAAGUCUCGGCGCUCUCUCCGGACGUGCGUGACUUCUAUCGCCACUUUGAAGUCCCUGGAAUGGGUCACUGUGCUGGAGGACCAAGCGGAGAGCCGACCAGUCUAUUCAACCAGCUUCGAGCGUGGGUCGAGAACGGGACUGCGCUAGAGCAAACACCUGUCAAGGUCCAGGAUACGGAAGGCGUUGUUCAUGAUCGCAUAUUGUGCCCCUAUCCUCAGAAGACGGUCUUGAAAAGGGGCUGCAAGUCCCCGGGAAAGGGGCAUUGCUGGUCGUGUAGCAGUUGA